AUGGCUUCUACGGGAAGCGGCCUGCGUAUCCAGGGGGAUGACAACCUCCAGUCCAUGAUCGUUGGCACGGUGAUGAGGAAGAUUAAGUCUCGCACCUGGAAGAAGCAGCGCUACUUCAAGCUGCAGGAGGACUGCAUGACCAUCUGGUACAAGUCCAAGAAGGCUGGGAACGCCCACUCCACAUUCUCUGUGAGUGACGUGGAGACGGUGCGUGAGGGCCACCAGUCAGAGGUUCUGCUAAGCAUCGCAGACGAGUUUCCCCCGGACCGCUGCUUCACCCUGGUGUUCCGUGGUCGCCGUGGCAACCUGGACCUGGUGGCAGACUCGGCGGAUGAGGCCCAGUCCUGGAUCAAAGGCAUGAGGAAGCUGAUCGAGAACCUGGAGAACAUGGGCGAGAGUGAAAAGCUUGACCAGUGGAUCUGUGAAUGGUUUAAGAAGGCUGAUAAGAACAACGACGGCAGAAUGAACUUCCGGGAGAUCAGGGUCCUGCUGAAGAUGAUGAACGUGGACAUGAACGAACAUCACGCUCACCGACUCUUCAUGAUGGCAGACAAGUCUCAGACGGGGACUCUGGAGGAUGAUGAGUUUGUCCUGUUCUACAAGAUGCUGACCCAGAGAGAGGACGUUCUCAGGGUGUUCCAGGACUACUCUGGCGAUGGACAGAAGCUGUCUCUGCGGGACCUGGAGGAGUUCCUGAGAGAUGAACAACUAGAGGAGGUAGACGGGGUUCAGCAGCUGGCCAUGGAGCUCAUCGAGCGCUACGAACCCUCCGACACAGCCAAGAUGCUGAAGGCCAUGUCUAUCGAUGGUUUCCUGAUGUACCUGGCGUCGGCUGAGGGCUCCAUCUUCCACCCCAAACAGCAGAGCCUGUACCAGGACAUGACCCAGCCCCUCAACCACUACUUCAUCUCCUCCUCACACAACACAUACCUGAUGGAGGACCAGCUUCGAGGACACAGCAGUGUCGAGGGAUACAUACGGGCUUUGAAGCGAGGCUGUCGGUGUGUAGAAGUAGACUGUUGGGACGGUCCCAAUGGAGAGCCUAUCGUCUACCACGGACACACUUUCACCUCCAAGAUCCUCUUCAAAGAUGUUGUGAACGCACUGGGAAACUAUGCCUUCAAGGUGUCAGAGUACCCGGUCAUCCUGUCCACCGAGAACCACUGCGGUGUUGAGCAGCAGCGAGUCAUGGCCCAACACCUCAACACCAUCCUUGGCGACAAGCUGCUGAAAAGCACCCUGGAUGGAAAGAUACCCGUCAGCUUUCCUUCUCCUGAGGAGUUGAAGGGGAAGAUUCUUCUAAAGGGAAAGAAGAUCGGAGGUCUGGAGGAGAGUCUGAACGGGCUGGUGGAGCUGGAGGACUCCCUGACAGGAGAGGUGAGCGACGAGGACGAGGCGGCUGACAUCGAUGAGGACAACCUCCACAGCAACAGCCUCCGACGCACGGCCAAAAAAUCGAAGCAGCGUCUGUCAAAGGAGCUGUCAGACUGCGUGGUUUACUGCAAGAGUGUCCACUUCAGCAGCUUCAAGCACUCCCGCAUCCACUCCAAGUUCUACGAGAUCUCCUCCUUCACAGAGUCCAAAGCCCGCAAACACUUGAGAGAGGCAGGGGAAGAGUUUGUGCAUCACAAUGCCAGGCAGCUGACCAGGGUUUAUCCCAGUGGCCUCAGAACAGACUCCUCCAACUUCAACCCACAGGAGAUGUGGAACACAGGGACUCAAAUAGUUGCGUUGAAUUUCCAGACGGCAGGGGUUGAGAUGGACCUCAACGAUGGACUGUUCAGUCAAAAUGGCCGCUGUGGCUACGUCCUCAAACCUGACUUCAUGAGGAUGUCAGAGAUGAGGUUCGAUCCUGAGGUUCCACAGAACCGGGACGGCUACCAACCACUCAGUCUCUGCAUUCAGGUGAUCAGUGGACAGCAGCUUCCCAAAGUGAACAUCAAGGAGAGCUCUGUUGUGGACCCGUUUGUGAGAGUGGAGAUUCAUGGAGUUCCUCUAGACCAGGCCAAGCAAGAGACCAGAUACAUAGACAACAAUGGGUUCAAUCCGGUGUGGUAUGACACUUUGCGGUUCAACAUCCAUGCGCCUGAACUGGCCCUGGUACGCUUUGUGGUGGAGGACUACGACAAGGCGUCAAGGAAUGAUUUUGUCGGACAGUAUACCUUGCCUUUCUCAUGUAUUCAGCAAGGAUACCGUCACAUCCACCUCCUGUCUAAGGAUGGCACCAGUAUUCCUCCCGCCUCCUUAUUUGUACAUGUUAGAAUCACUAACCUUGUAUGAGCUGAACAUUAGAGAUUCCAGUCGCUGCUUACCUCUCUGGCAUUUACAAGACUUGUAGAUGGAACAACUGGAAGGUGGAAGACACUGAAGGUGGAAGACGGGACUAAAAGAGAACAAACCAUCACUCAUAGUUUUACUAGACAGUUUUGACAUUCAAGAGCUAGUUUCACAAACUAUGCAACGAAUACUUCCUGUAACUACUUCCUCAAAAUAGUAUGUAAUGUUGUGCAUAUACUAAGCCAAAUGUUUUUUGUAGGUAUUAAUGUACUUUUAGAAAGUAUGAUUAUGAUUUGUGUGCUUUUCACUUGUGAUCUAGAUUUCUAUAUUUAUAGUGUGUAUUCCCAAUUGGAUGUAUUACUGAAGAACUGGCUCUGGGAUGAUUCUGCUUUUCCAACUCUUUCAUCAAAUGCUAGUCAACUACACAACUGUACUUGAGAUUAUUUUUUGUUUUGUUGCAAUGAUAUGUAGUGGAUAAAUGUGCCACCACUGGUCAAGAGUAAUAACACAUUUCAACAUAAUUUCAGUCAGUCUUCUUAUACCACACCACAGUAUUUUAUAUGAACCAAGCUCCUCAAGAACGUAACAUUGGUGAGGCUGUUUGGUUAGAGUUGCUUAGCCUGAUGUAGCCUAGGCUUAC